GCCAGGACGCAUGCGCAGUCGCAGAGCAGGAAAAGAAAUGGCGGAGUUCGGGGAGAUCAAUGGGGAGCAGUCUGGUCGGAGCGAGCAAGUCAGGAGUGGUGGAGGACUUUCUCAUGGGGAGGGCGCUUCUGCACUCCGUGAAUCUGUGUGUGGCAUUCUCAAUGCCAUGGCGGCAUUUAGUACAGAGUUGAAUUUAGGCGCUGAUGCUCUGAAAUUGGAUGUCAGUCCAAGCCGUAUCAAUAUCUCAUCCCUUCAGCCAGCAUCUGUGCUUACCUGUGUCCAGCAGCAUAUCUCAAAACUGCAGACCGUGUCUGCAAACCUGAAGCAGCUGAUAGAGGCGGAUGCUGUGCUGGUAGCAGCCGCAGACAGUGGGGGUGAUGUGGGCCCCGCGGGGGGCAGCAUCGAGCCCAAGAGAGACGACCCCAACGUGCAGAUCAAAGUGAGCAAGUCAGAGAUUGAUAGAAGAAUAUCGGCAUUUAUCGAGCGCAAGCAGCUGGAGAUCAAUGAAAGCAAUGUGCGGGAGUUUUGUAACGUGAUCAACUGUAAUCAGGAGAACAGCUGUGCUCGGACAGACGCCAUCUUCACGCCGUUCCCUGGCCUCAGGAGCCACGUGAAAGUGACGCGGGUGGUGAACACUUAUGGUCCCCAGACGCGAGCAGCAGGCGGCAGAGAGACCACCAACCAGAAACGGGGUGGGGCCUCUAGGGAUUGUGGGAAUCCUGCUGUAGAGGAACGUCUCCACAACAUUGAAGCACACCUCAAGCUCUCUGCGGAGGGGCCCGUGCCUCUGAACAUCUACCAAAGGCUGAAAAUGUUGGAGGACAGAAUCCUGGAGCUGGAAGGCCUCUCCCCAGAGUAUUUCCAGUCCAUGACAUACUUGCACAAGCGACGAAAAACAUCGUCACAGGCUUACAGCCUGACAGAGUUGGACGGGAAGAUCAACGCACUGAAGGCCACUUUGCUGAAGAAAGUUGGAGAGUUUCGGCUGAGAGACGCGGAGGAGUUCCUCUUUUGAUGUGGCUGCCGCCCUUUUCACCGUCCACAGGGGUGCAGUACCCACAGGGAGUCGGACAAUACCACUACAGACAGAUGCUACCAUUACAUCUGUUUAUAUAUCUCCAUACAUGCUAAUUAUGGUUUAAUAGGUACACGUUGGUAUUCCAGUAAAUGGACUGACGUAUCUGGAAGGGUCUGCUUUUUGUAUUUGCCAGGUUUAUAUUUACGUUCUUCGCUUUGAAUUGUAUAAGUGCAUGUUUUGCUUACCAUUUACUGUUUUUUGUUUGCUUUUGUUCAAUGUAAUUUGUGACUGUUUUGUAAAUAAACUGAAGGAAAAAGA